UAAAGGUCCAUUGCUAUCCUGAAGACCAUGCACAGUCCAGCGAAACAACUGGAGAACAUAAGUCAAUCACCAGGAAAGACAGUCCUCUGCAGCAAAAUGUUUUUAGUAAUGCAGAAUUUAAGGCUCUCUGUCGUAAGGCAUCAACUGGUGAAGAAAAGGUAACUCGCAGUGGUUCGAAGUUUUCCUUCGAGUUUUCUGAUGAACUACUCUACCAAGUGUGCCAUUCUUCUAGCAACCAAGAACAAGUGGGAAAGAAGACGUUGGUCAUCCCUGCAGAGUGUCAUCGCCUGGUGCUGUCUCUUGCCCAUGAGGGUCCAAUGUCAGGACACUUCUCCCACAAGAAGACUAGAGAGCCAAGAUACUGAGGCAGAGGAAAUCACAAAAACUUCAACAACAGAACUACUUGUUUUACCCACACCUGUUGCUGUGACACAUGAAGAGUCUUAUUCUGACCCCUUAGACACUGAAAAGAAGCCUUCAGUCCCCAAGAAAGGGGUGCCAUCUACAAAGUCAUCAGUUGUUCCAAAGAAAGAAGUACACUUUAUUCCAUCUGUAGUAGCCAAGAAGGGAGCUGAUCCAGAAUCUUCCACCCCAUCAGUUUCUCCACGUAAAGGUGUUGAACUGUCACAAGGUAGCUUGAUUCAUAAUGUGCAAUUAGCAUCUAUUGAAAAUAUGAACAUUGAUGGAAAUUUUUCUCAAUCAUCUAGUGGUGAUGUGAAUAGCAAAAAUGUUCCUUCAAGAAUUGAUGAAACAAAGAAUGAGACACAUAUUGAGAAAGAGACUAAAGAAAAUAUUAUCUAUAUUCCAAAUCCUCAUCUUGUUAAAAAAGGAAAAGCAAAUGAUAACUUACUUUCAGGAAAACAAAAUUCAUCUCAAACUUUGGUACAUUUAGCUUCAACAUCUCCACCUACUGUGCAUUCUAAAUCUGGAGUAGUAUCUAACAUAGGUCACUUUAAACCAACAACUACUGAUGAUGUAAGUGCUACCAGUAGCCAGGUGACCUAUGCACCCAUUUUUGUAAUUGUUGCCUUAGUCGUACUUCUGGUUGUGGUAGUGGUUGUUGGAUAUCACAGACUAAAAGGUAUUUGGGUGAGGAGACAUUAUGAUUAUGUUGAUUUUUUGAUUGAUGGAAUGUAUGAAUAAAGUUGAGUAUGUA